AUGGUCUCUCAGUUGAUUGGCACAGUUCUCAAAUACCUGGUGGUUGCUGCACUUGUUGCUUCAGUGAUUGCUAACUGUGUCUUGAUAUGGCUCAACACCGUGCGCACGCCAGUGUGCCCCGCUCAGCACGCAAACCCAAUCCAAUCUGCAGAUCACAAUGAAGGCAGUGAUGUCUUUGCGGAUCUCUCAGUGGAAGAGCAUCUUCAAGUGCGUGACUACAUGUCCAAGAUCCCAGGAAUGAAUAUAUCGUUUGGGCCAUCUUCUACGCCUACGACAGAUUACUUGUACCUGAUUGACCUCUCUCUUCCAAAGAAACAUGAGGUUUUGCAUUUUCUUGAUAACAGUGGGCCAAAGCCAGCAAGAGAGGCAACUGCGGUAGUUUUUCAUGGCGGCAAGAACACUAUAAAGGAAUAUGUUGUGGGUCCUCUUCCUCACCCAACCUACCACCAUGAUGUUACGUUUGAGAGAUACAAGAUGGAGAUCCCUUUGACUGCUCGCCCCAUGCACAUUGCUGAGCGUGCACAUCUACAAGUGUUCCUCCAGCGUGCUCUUAAACCUGUCAGUACACUGCUGUAUGAAAGUUUUGGCAUGGAUACACCUGUAUUCCAUGCAUACAAUGAAAACAUGCCUAGAGGUACCAAGUCUGGGGACAGACAGACGUGGAUUAGUAUUUGUCGAGAUGAAGAGGGUUUCUUCAUCCAUCCAGUCGGAUUUGUGCUCUUAAUAAACCACAAAAGCACUGAUCCUUUGGCUUGGAGUGUAGAUAAUGUUCUUUAUAAUGGUCAGUACUUUGACAACCUGACACAACUGAUGAACCAUUAUGAAGCGGGAACUAUAGAAAAAAUAAUCUACAAACCAAUUCCAAAUUAUGCAUCGCUCAAACCCAAACAGAAGCCCACAGGUGUCGGACCUCAGCAGUUUUACAUGCAAGGCAAACGAUUCAGUAUAAAGAACAAUCACAUUGUCUACCUUGACUGGAGCUUUACCUUUGGACUAAGUGUUCUUUCCGGAAUGAGAGUUUUUGAUGUUCGUUUUGAAGGUGACAGGAUCAUAUAUGAGCUAAGUGUCCAAGAGGCUAUGUCAGUUUAUGGGUCUGCCAACCCAAAUCUCAUCCUCACCAAGUUCUUGGAUAGAAGCAUGGGUAUUGGUCAGCAUGCCUAUGAGUUGGUCAGGGGCAUUGACUGUCCUUAUUCAGCCACCUAUAUUGACACUUUUCACUUUGUAGACACUGGUGUUCCCUGUCAACGCAGGAACUCCAUUUGCGUGUUUGAGCAUGACACAGGCCGCCCUUUAAGAAGGCACUUUGGCAGCAUUAACAUGUACAGCUACGGACUAUCUAACAGUGCAUUAGUUUUCCGGACAGUCACUACUAUUGGAAACUAUGACUAUCUGUGGGAUUUCAUCUUCUAUCAAAGUGGCUCGGUAGAGGCACAGGUUCAUGCCAGCGGUUACAUCGCCUCAUUAUUCAAUUUGAAAAAAAAAUUUCCAUACGGUGCUCAGGUGGCAGAAAAUGUCACUGGAAAUAUACACACCCAUUUCCUCAACUUCAAAGUGGACCUUGACAUCUUAGAAUACAGAAGAGCAUGUCUAAACAUGUGGAACCUUGAAGCAGUUGAAGACCACACUGAGGCGGCUCUGCGUCAUAACACCAAGACUCCUCUUUACCUCCACAUCGCCAGUAACCAAACCAACCGCUGGGGUCACCAGCACUCCUACAGGCUGCAGGUGUACAGCUUUGCCGGGGACCAUCUCCCUGAGAACCAGCCUGAGGAGAAGGCCAUGUCCUGGGCCAGAUAUAAAGUUGCUGUCACGAAGUACAAGGACUUGGAGCGAAGCUCCGGCAGUUUGUACAAUCAGCACGACAUGUGGACUCCGGCCAUCGACUUUAGCAAGUACACUGAAGAUGAUGAAAGCAUUGAAAAUGAGGUCGAGGCCUGGGUGACUGCUGGUUUCCUCCAUAUUCCUAACUCAGAGGAUAUCCCCAAUACUGUAACCAUGGGCAACGGCGGUGGGGUCCUCCUGCAGCCACACAACUACUUUGACGAGGACCCGUCGAUCCACUCGGUUGAUGGUGUUUACCUCAGACCAGGUACUGAGGGGAGCUGUGACAACAACAGGAUGGCCUGCCUUGUUCAAGAGAAGUGCACCCCUAUGCUGGAACCCUUCACCUACCACAGCUUUGAGGAAAACUAUGUCAGGGAGUUGUGA